CCUCCAUUUUUUUUUUGUUUUAAAAAAAAAAUAAAAAAUCCUCCAUUUAAUUCGGGUAUGAUUAAUUUUUAUCAUACAUUUAGUUAUUGGUUAAUUUUAGAAGUUGGGAGUAAAUUUCUAUCGGGAUAUUAGGAUCAGUUUGUGCAGCUUCAGGUAACACGGGUCAAAUGUGAGGCGGGGAUGGUCAAAUUACAAAAGGUUUAGUUUUGUUUUUGGAUCGGAGGGGAUGAAAUGAGGAGAGGCGCCCGAGUAAAUGGUGGAGAUUGCUGUUAUCAGGAGGAGGAGGAUGAUGAUGUGUCUGUGGCAUCUUCUUCUUCUUCCUCAGUCUUGCGGUUUCCGGCAGGUAGUUUCUCCCUCGCCGCCGUGGGUGACGGUGGUGGAGGGAUGAAUUAUAUCGAGCACCCUGUAUCUAUGAUGGAUACCCUUGCCGGUGUAGCUAUCAGAUAUGGCGUUGAGGUGACUGAUAUUAAGCGAAUAAAUGGGCUAGUUUCUGAUUUUCAAAUGUUCGCCUUAAAGACACUUCAGAUUCCUUUACCAGGAAAACAUCCACCAUCUCCCACCAUGGCAGAUGGUAUUGAUUCACAUGGAUUGAAACUUUCUCCAGCAAUUUGCAGUUUAUAUGGUAUAAAAUUGGGAGAUGAAGAAGGGUCACCCUUGAAAAGAAGUCCUGCAGCACAUGGGAAUGGGAAUGGCAAUGGGAAUGGGAAGGGAGAAUCUCCUCAUUCUGUAGCUGUAGAGAGUGAGCACAUGUUCCUGUUUAGCAAAUCCUCAUCAAACCCACCUCUAAACCCCCGCAGGAAAUGCAGAAGCGUAGUUUUUACAAAUGUGGAGGAGGAGGAUGCAUUCUCUCCCAAAGAAUCAAAAUAUUAUUAUAACAAUGACUCCUCAGACAGCAGCAGCCCCCUGGCCCUGGGUGAAAAAUUCAUGAGGAAACGUCAGAAGUCUGAGUCUGACUUCUUGCGCAGCCCAGAAAUGUUGUUGCUCAAGGAAGACGAGUGCAGCAGUGGCGGAUUCUCAGCUGUUGGAAGCAGCACAGGCCUGGCUUUGAGACCCAAGGCCGCAGCAGCAGCAGCAGCGGCUAGUCGAGCCAUUGCCAUUGCAGAGCCUCCUAUUGCUAUUGAGUCGGUUUGUGCCAACAAUCUCACCAGAGUUAGGAGGUCAUCCAGCACAUCAAAUUUGCAAGAUUCAGAUACUAGCACGUUUACAUCCUUGUGGCCAAUUACAAAACCAAUCUUUGAUGGCCUACCUAAACCAAUAACCGGUCGAAGCAACAAGGCUGCACUGGAUUAGUUCUUACUUCAUGUAGAUGGGGGUACUACUCCAUUUUUCUUUGGGAAUAAAAAAUUUAAAAAAUAUAUAUACAUUUUUAGCUCUGGUAGAGGAAGAAUGUUAACAUAUCCCAUAUAGACAAACACAUUCUUUAUUCAUGCUUCUUAAAACAGGCCAUUUCCAUUGUUGUGUCAAA